CAUGAGACGCCAGGCUUCUCCUCACUCGAACACGAACAGGAAUCCUCCUCUUUGCUGCAACUUACUUAGAUUUUUUUUUAAACAUUUAUUUAUUUUGGCAGAGCAUCCCGACGCUUUUACGUUUCUUCACAUCUUUAUAUUAUAUCAGCUUACACUAAGCCUGUUUGCAAUGUGCACGCUGUUAGGUUUUCCCCACUGAUAUUUGACAGCUUAUUUGAUGGGCUCCGUAAGGGGUUUAUACUUUUUUAAGCCAAAGUGCGGUGGUCAAAGCACCUAGUGGUGUAGGAAAUACCUUGUCCUCAAGAAACCAACGUUUUCAUUCAGAUUAAAAGAGACUGGAAGGAUGCUGAACGUUUCGCGGAGUCGGAGCUUUUGGAUGUCGAUGCUGAUCUUCGCGGUAGCGCGGAUGGGAGAAACUCAGGGGACCGAGAGCGAAGCCCAGGUGAACUCCAUCAAAUCACUGGAGCCGCAGACCGCCGCCGCCAACCGCUCCAGCGGCGUCCCUAAGAAAGGAAACAUCCCCGCUCAGGGGUAUCCAUGCAGCAGUGAUAAAGAGUGCGCAGUGGGAACGUACUGCCACAGUCCUCAGCACGCCCCGUCCCGCUGCCUCACCUGCCGCCGGAGAAAGAAGCGCUGCCACAGAGACAGCAUGUGUUGCCCUGGCAACCGCUGCAGCAACUACAUCUGCGUCCCCAUCUCAGAGCGUGCCGUGUCCAAGUCAUCUAUGGAGGAGCACAACAAGCUUUCCAUCAAAGAAAAAGGAUGGAGGAGGAACGGCAAAACUCAGACCAAGAUCUCUCUCAAAGGUCACGAGGGCGACCCUUGUCUCCGAUCGUCCGACUGCUCGGAGGGCUACUGCUGCGCCCGCCACUUCUGGACGAAAAUCUGCAAACCUGUGCUGCGACAGGGCGAAGUCUGCACCAAGCAACGCAAGAAAGGCUCCCACGGCCUGGAGAUCUUCCAGCGCUGUGACUGCGCCAAAGGACUUGCCUGCAAGGUAUGGAAAGACGCCACCUCGUUCUCCAGGUCCAGGCUGCACGUGUGCCAGAGGAUCUGAGACGGGAGGCCCCUGCAAAACAAGCUGCACCUUGGGGCCCCUGCGUCCCACUGGGAGAGGAGCGGACCAGGUCUCCUUUCUCCAGGACUUACUCAGCUGUGAUAAAGAGAGAAAGGGUGAGAUACAGAUGAAUGUUUGCCAGAACAGGGUGGGUUUGGGAUGGGAACAAACUGAUGUGGUGGGAUGCCCAGCCGUAGCUGUUGAGGAAGCACUCCGGGCCUCUUUUAAAGAUUAUUUGGUGGAGUUUUUUUGAUCUACAAGCCAUAUUUAUCACUGAUUUAACAUUUGAUGCAAGCCCAGGCAUUAUUUCAGUAUGUCGGUGCUGUCAAUUUAGUAUCUGAAUGCUCUGAUUUGGUUUCUUCAGUAAAUAUUUCAUGCACAUAUGAGUUUUUCACUGCAUAACCACUAAAACAUUAACUAGGUUGUUUUUUGAUUACAUUAUCACAGACUUUGGGUCUCGUUUACUAAUAUUUGUCUGAAAACAAACAGCAGUUUUCACUUUUAGUUGACCUUUUCUAAUUUUCUCCUCUUCUGAAAGUGCACUUUGUAUUAAAAAAAAACACUAGUAAUGCAUAUGUCUGAGAAGUAUGAUCAUUAUUUCAGAUUUACUCAUUUUGAUGAUGUCAGAAAUGCUAAAUCGGUUCUGAUUAUCAAGGGAAGUUGUUUACAGUGCUGUUCAGUGAAUGUGCAGAUGCUUAAUGACAUUAUGAAUCAUAUUCCAUGCUUUUAUUCUGUAAAAUUCCACACCAACCUUUAGCUAGAAUAAAAAUAAUAAUAAUAAUAAAAAACUAAUAAGCUCUUAUAUUGUAAAUAAAAUGCAAAAUUUUCAAAAGUGUAUUUAAGAAACAGCUGUAUAUCAUGUAUAUAUUGGUAAAAAGCAACAGAUGGGAUAUGAAUAAAGUAGCAUAAAGACUUUUUUACUUUCAUCUUAUUGUUUGUCAUAGCAUGGUGUGGUUCCAUUUUCCUCAAGCUCUGUUUUUACACCGCAGAUAUGAAACUCCCCACGCAGAACUAUUUCUAUUAAAUUAUUUUCAAAACACAUGUCUUCUUUGCAGAGCUCAUGCUGUGUAUUUGUUUAAUGUCUGACUUCCUGGGUUAGUCCAUACUUUGUUCCUGUUGUAACACUUCUGUUAUGUCUCAUUGUGUAUUUACAGUGAUUUACACAGAUUAAAGAAUGUAUUUUGUAUU